AUGAGCAGCCGCCCCAUCCUGCACGUGUUUCUGCUCCUGCUCACACUCCACGCCCCUCGGGCACAGGCGCAGCCCAUAAGGCAAUCGAGGCAAUUGACUAAGAACUAUGCCAACAUGAUGGCAGAACUUGAGACCAUCCUCAACAAUCCUACUGUGCCUCCACCACAAAACUUGGACUCAAAUGAGAUUUACAUCCUGAUGCAGGGCAACCUGCGGCUGAACAUGGAUGCAUUCUUGAAAGCUGCCCGAAAUUUCAAGGAUGAAAGACAGAAAAUCGUGAAAAUUCUUGAGGAAUUCAAGAAAUUGCUGCCCACCCCCACGACCACGGUAACGGCCCAAGCCCGGUGCUGGUGA